AUGCCAAAAACUCGACGUCCCCUUCGAAAACCUGUUUCACCGAUCCAAGCAAGCCCAAAUCGUUCAAUGGGCAAAAGUCACUUGCAUCAAACUUCGCGCAAGCGUUUGCGCCGUAUCUCAAAUACGGAGGAUGAUGACCACUACAAACCAUCCAAAGACAGUGACUCAUCAGACACCGAUGUGGACCUCAAGCCCCGUGGAUCUUCAACCAGACGCAAUCGGCGUCAAACACACGUUCAAUCUGUCGAUGAUGAUGAACUUUUAGACCGACUUUCCAGACAAAUCUCACCUGAAGCGACGAAUACACGUGACCCUGUCAACAAUACCACCGAAGUCACCCAGCACGACUCUUCAAUAGAAGACAUAGAUAACCUACCGAGUGUUACAAACUAUAAGGAAGUUAUUGAUGAAUGGCCUCUUCCACGGAUUGCUGUGGUUGAACGACAACAAAAGCAAAAGCAAAAUGUGGUACCACCUGAUAUAUUGAAGGAAGCUAAAGCGAUUCAAUCACUUUACAAACAACAAAAGUCAUUGCUAGCAAUCAUGGGCAAUGUUAGUAUGUUUACUAUUGAUAAGGCUUUAGGAGAGCUUGGAGGUCGCCGCAGACCUAGCGGUUACCAAAUCUUCCUGAAGUAUAGCAAUGAGAUCCGACCUGAGCGCAUGCCAAAAAAGGGCGGUGAGAAAGGUAUCUUAGCCAACCGAAAUCGUAUACUAGGAGGAAAAUGGACGGCAAUGCCACUACGUCACCAAGAAGUAUUUUCCCCCCCGGUAUUUUAUGUGCUCUCCGGCCUCACUUAUACUAAAGCAGUUAUUAAAGUUAAUGAUGACCUAGAAGAAUCUGAUGAUGAAGCCGAAGUUGAAGAGGCUAUUCAUGCUUUUGAAUUUGAGCCAGGGGAACGUGCUGAGUUUGAGGCUUUGUAUGAUGAGCUGGUUUGGAAGGCGAAAGUAGCUAAAGAGUAUAGCAAAUCGGUAUCCGGUAAAUCUCAAGGUCCUACUCUUCCGGAUUUUAACCGGCAGUCGCUCAAAUGUAUUGAGCGGCUUCACAAACAGAUUGAAGACGAAUCGAAAAAUAUGGGAUUCAGUUACUAUCUCUUAGCAUGUAGCACUUAUGCUUCAACCGAAGUAGAUACCUCUUCACGCGGGUGGUGCAAAGAGUACACUUCGCAUGAAGAUAUGGCCACAUAUGUUAAUAAAAAAUGUAACUUUGCGACAUUGUUUGGAGCAACUGCACAAGGACUUUCUGUCGCUGAGACAGUUGCGGAAACCAUUGGAGGAAAAGUCAAGCAUAAACAAUGCGGGAGAAAAGCUGAUGCUGGUGAUGUAGUGAAGUCAAAGCUUGCGGCGACCUUAAGAAGCAAACUAUCUUCUUUACUAGGACGUGAUCAAGGCUUUCCCCAUGGCCCAGACCCCGAAGCCAUUUUCAAAGCUAGAGGUUACGACAUCAAGUUAGUACAAAUGCCAGGUUCGACACUUCCUCAUGAAACUCUCAAGCUUGGAUUUGCUCGAAUGGAUAGGAGUCGAUCACAAUGGCUGGAUGAUAUUAAUGCAGAUCUUUUUAAGUUAGAGAAGAUCGCAUCUGAUGUGGAUGUUGAUGGAAAUAAUGAAAAUGAGCAUGAGUUUGAUGAAGAUUUUAUCAACACGCAGAUUGUAAAUGAGAUAGAUGAGGAGGAAGAAUGGAACGGAGUAGGACUUUGA